ACCACAGCAAAGAAACACAUUCGCGCAACAAGUCGUUUUGAAUGCGCGUCUGGGUGACGGUGUGACGGGAGGGGGUGCGCAUUGAGAGGUUAUUCCGUCUUAUUUUGAUUUGUUCUGUACAGUUUAUGGGGUGUGAAAAGCGCGGGCCGUUUGGGAGCGUUGAAGCGUGAGGAGCGUCGUCGUCGCGGCGCAGGCUUUGUGUCGGUCAGGUGUCACGAUGAACUCGAGCCUGAUUUUAACGCGCUUUUGGACGGUGGAUGGAGUGAGAUAAGAAGGAUGACCGCAUCGAGCCUUGACCCCCCCCAAACAUUUUCCCACUAGUUUGAUCAGUCCAGCUUUAUUACAUGCAUGUGGAUAAACUCCGACCCCCUACAGCAGAAAAGUUCAACAUCAAGUCGGUAUUUGAUUUAAGUUGUAACAGUGCUGAAAAAUAUAAUUCCAAAUAAAAAGGUUACUUUGGCAUGGAAGUAUGGCCUGAAAGUAUCGGUAUUAAAACACUCCUUUUACAUGAUCAUUUCAGAGUAGCCUAAUGGGUAUUAUAAUACUGGGUGAUGAUUACUGAUGCAGUAAUGUGUAUGUAUAUCACUUUAAUGUUACUUUAUAGCGGUGGAUAACUUGUGAAUUUGCCCCCGUGCAGGCGUCGGUUAAGUCUUAACAGAGACAUCUGAGUCAAAGAGUCAAACGAAGGAGGCUCAGGUCUCCAGCAGCUGAUGCAGCCAAACGCCAGAGGUUUUCUUACUUCUCAGGUGUCACCGCCGCAGUCACAUGCCACCAGCCAGAUGUGACCCACAGCUGCCCACCUGUGAAAAACUGACUGAUGUGAGCCCAGGACGUCCUCGCCGGUCAUCAUGGGAUGUGGCACCUCCGUUGCUACAGAGACGCAAGGCAAAAGAGUCGAGACGGAUGACACGCUUAAGACUCCCAGCCCGGCUCUGACUAUGAAGGCAGCCGUUCUGAUCCAGCGAUGGUACCGGCGUUACAUGGCCCGUUUGGAGAUGAGGCGCAGGUACACCUGGAACAUCUUUCAGUCCAUCGAAUACGCCGGCGAGCAGGACCAGCUACAGCUCUCCAGUUUCUUCAGUUUUAUGCUCGACAACUUCACUCAGCUGAAUGGAAACGGGCCAGACUUGAUCUCCCAGCUGAUGGACCCAGUGGUCGACCCCUGGUUGGACAGAGAAACCUGCUACAACUUGAUCCCCGUUCCAGAGUCGUACUCCGGGCCCCGACUGUCGUUUCCUCUCUCUGUUUCGGAUACUAAUGCUCUCCUCAGUGCAUUUAAGGAGCAGCAGACUCUACACGCCCGAUACGUAAUGCAGCUGCUGUAUGAGACUAAAAAGCUCCUCAAACAGAUGCCCAACAUCAUCCAUGUGUCAACAUCCUAUGCCAAGGAGAUCACUAUAUGUGGUGAUCUGCAUGGGAGGCUCGAUGACUUACUUCUCAUAUUUUAUAAGAAUGGCCUUCCCUCUGGUGAGACUCCAUAUGUGUUUAAUGGAGAUUUUGUGGACCGAGGGAAAAAGUCAGUCGAAGUGGUUUUGCUCCUGUUCGCCUACCUUCUGCUUUAUCCUGACCACAUGCACCUGAACCGAGGGAACCAUGAAGACCACAUAAUGAACCUCAGAUAUGGGUUCACAAAAGAAGUCAUGCAGAAAUACAAGACUCACGGCUGUGAGAUCUUACAGCUGUUUCAGGAUGUUUUCAGCCUUCUCCCCGUCGCGACAGUCAUUGACGGAAAGAUCUUGAUUGUUCACGGAGGGAUUUCAGACCAGACUGACCUGGACUACCUCAACACCAUAGAGAGGCACAAGGUGAAAUCUGCCUUGAGGUUUCCCAGACGCAGCUUGGAGCAGCUGGACCUCGGUCAGUCCUGCAGACAGGUGAAAAGAAUGAGAUCGACAGACGGCUCUCGUCCCUGCAGCAGCCACAGCCACGUCAAGAACCACAGAACGCCGAACCAGAGAAAGCGACGCUGCAGGCUUACCCGGCAAGACAGUGCCGUUUCUACUUCUUCGUCCUCCUCAUCGUCCUCAUCUUCCUCUUCGCUCUGCUCUCCUCGAACUCCGUCCUGCCUCACGCCUCGUCCGUGCCCGUCUUCACCCAGCGUGCCUUACGCUAUGAGUGUCCUCCAAGUGCCUUUCCUGGACUCUCUGUCUUCUGUCCCCCCUCCUUCACCUCCCCAACACGAACAAGAAUGGAAACAGGUUGUGGAUAUAUUGUGGAGUGACCCUAAAACCCACGAAGGCUGCAGUCCCAACACAUUCAGAGGAGGAGGCUGCUACUUCGGCCCUGACGUCACACGGGGACUGCUGCUCCAGCACGGGCUCCAGCUGCUCAUCAGAUCCCAUGAGUGCAAACAGGAAGGAUAUGAGCUCUGCCACGGUGGACAGGUGAUCACCAUUUUCUCAGCAUCAAACUAUUACGAGGAGGGAAGCAACCGUGGUGCCUACAUCAAAGUGGGAGGAGAACUGGUUCCCCGCUUUUACCAGUACCAAGUCAGCCGCACAACACGCAAACUGACCCUGACUCAAAGAGUUCGAGCUGCUGAAGGCUCUGCUCUCAGGGCCCUGAAGGAGAAGCUGUUCACCCAUCGCUCUGAGCUGAUGUCAGGUUUCCAGCAGUACGACCAGAAUAACACCGGUAGCGUGUCAGUCAGCGAAUGGGCUCAGGUGUUAGAGACAGUACUGAGACUGGACUUACCUUGGAGGACGCUGCGUCCACAUUUAGCACAUCUAGCACCAGAUGGCAGUGUGGAGUAUCAGUCUUGCUUCAAGGAUAUGGAACCAGGGAUUCCUCUGUCUCAGGUCACUCCAAACCUGGCUGAAACUUUGUUCAGAUACAGGACAGACAUUGAGAUAAUAUUCAACAUUAUAGACAAAGACCAUUCAGGUCUGAUCUCCAUCGAGGAGUUUCGUCACACCUGGCGUCUCUUCAGUGCCCACCUGGGGGUUGACAUUGACGACACAGCGAUCGACGAUCUAGCCCGAAGUAUUGACUUCAACAAGGAUGGCAGUAUAGACUUCAAUGAGUUCCUGGAGGCCUUCAGAGUGGUACACAAACUGGACAACAAGGAUCAGCCACUCAAUGGAAAGGUGGAAGGAGAGAAAUAUUCAUGAAGGGAAGAAUUUGAAUGUUAAAUUAUGGAAGUCCCGCUUGAUCAGCAGAGAAAUUAACGGAGGAAGGAGAGUACUAAUGUUAAUGUUAAUGGGAAAAUCCACCUUUAAACACUUACUAUAAGCAUUAAGAAAUAGCAGUGAUAUCAUAGUCUACCUAUUAUUGAUGCAUUUUGUCAUUUGUUGGUGUAUUUUUAGCCACUGUAUCAGCAUGACUCUAGGGAUUGCAAUCUGUAGGUUUCUUUUGGUCCCAAAGUGCAAUGAAACUUGAUCCCCAUAGGAUUAACCCUUAAGAAUUUGGUGAUCCAUCACUACCAGCAGGCCAAAGUUUUUAAUACAGUGAAAUAUCUCCCUGUUAACUAAAUGAAUUGGGAUACAUUUUGGUAGAAACAUUCAUGGUUGCCAGACAAUGAAUCCUAAUGACUUUGGCAAUCCAUUGGCUUUCAUUUAGUGCUGCCAGCAGGCUGGCAUUUUUAAGCAAUUCAGUGUGAAGAGUCUUGACAAGUGUUGGAUUGCAUUUGCAUUUGUACUUUGGUUUUUAACCAGUGGACUUUACAGUUUGCCUCUCGUUCAUGCAUUCACACGCACACUCACACCAUUGGCAGCAAGCUACCAUGCAAGGUGCUGACCAAAGUAUUGGGACCAGUUUGAGAUUCAGUAUCAUGUGGACAGGAGGAGUUGUUAAUUAGCAGACAACCAACUUUUCUUCCUGGGCCACAGCCACCCCAAGUUGUGAGAUAAGAAGUCCUGGGCAUUAAGUUGAACAGGUAAGACACCAAGAACCCAAACAAAUCAAAAAAUAUUUCUAGAAAAGUCUGAAGCAGGUUCUGGUGGAGUACGAUUUAGUACAUGUGACACCUCUGACCUGGUUGCAGACUUGAGAAACCAAUACAUCACCAAUUAGAAAAAACGCAAAAAUGCAAACGCAAUGCCGCUGAUGUUAGGGUUUUAGCUGGUGUGUGUUCAGCUGUUUAGCAAAAGGGAAUAAAAUGGCUUUUUUGGAACCUGA